AUGUGCAAGGUGGUGAACUUCUCGCAAGCGGUCUCGGUUCUUGUCAGCGCGUACACACUGCUCGCUAUAUCUAUCGAUAGGUAUAUAGUGAUUAUGCGGCCGUUGAAGCCGCGGUUGGGGAAGACUGCGGCGAAGUUUGUUGUGGCUACAGUAUGGAUUGGAGCGAUGAUCACGGCCACUCCUAUACCGGUCGUGUCGCAACUGCAAAGGCCGACUCCUUGGCAUCAAGCUUGUGAAGUCGAUGUGUGCGGGGAACAAUGGUCUGCGAAGGAGCAAAGCGAGCAGUACACGUGCGCGCUUAUAACACUUCAGUUUGCGCUUCCACUUAGUGCGCUCGUGUGUACCUACGCGCGCAUAGCGCACGUGGUGUGGGGGGUGCGGCCCCCCGGCGAGGCCCAAUCAGUCAGAGACUCGCGGAUGCAACAUUCAAAAAGAAAGAUGAUCAAAAUGAUGGUGACUGUCGUGGCGGUGUUCACUGUUUGUUGGUUACCCCUUAAUAUAUUUAUUGUCUUAUGGACUGCUCACGAAACUGACGAGUCGUGGGCGGCGUGGCCUGGCAUGCCCUACGUUUGGUUCGGGAGCCACUGGCUGGCCAUGUCUCAUUCCUGUUACAACCCGAUUAUUUAUUGCUACAUGAAUGCACGCUACAGGCGAGGUUUCAAAGAGGUUCUCAGCAAUUUGGUGUGUUUGAAAAGCAACGAAUCAACCAGACAACGUUCGAGUAUUUGCGAAGGAGUUCCACUCUCUGAAAUGGUCGGUGUGAACGGCUCUGCGGCGCCGCGGCGUGGUCUCGUCGGCUGCAAAUGUCGCCUGUCCAGGGACGGCACUCAGACUAGUAACAGAUGUUCGAUGUGCACAUCCAUUCGACAGAUCAAGCCUGUUGGCUCCAGUUCCACCGUGACUGCUCCCGCGCGCGCUCUUUCGGUGCGCUCGCACUUCUGGUAAAGGAACUUUGAGGAUUGCAACGAACAUUGAAUAAGUCGGACACUUGGUGAAAAUCACAAUGGUGACCUUUGCUUUACGAUUCUAUGUUAACGUACGCAAAUGAUAAUUGUAAGCAAAAUAAUAUUUGUCGAUUAUAAGUUCCAGUAUUUACUGUUCUACUGAAAAAUUGUGUUCCUACGAAUUAUCAACUGUAGUGAUAUUACUAAAUUUGUCAACAUUUUAAUCUAUACUCUAAUUAAGUAUCAAUCACAUUUCUUCUUCAACUUUUUGAACUGCACUGGUGAAUAUUACCCUUUAAACUUUCCAACUUGCUAGAAGCGGUCUGCAUUCAGCGGGUUCUUGCAACUUUUACGAAUUCGUCUGUUCACUUUGUAGAAGAAUUCCAUUUUUUUGUUAAUGGAUAAUAAUCUAUAUAUAUAAAAAUGAAUCACUAUUUCCCUUGGUCACGCCAUCACGCGUCAACGGCUGGACCGAUUUCACUAUUUUUUUGUUGUGUUU